AUGGAUCGUUUUUUAAUUAGGAAACGUAAAUUAAGCGAAGAAUUGCCUGAUCCUAAUAAUGCUCAUAGAGUUGAUGUUGAGGAAUUGCCUGGUCCGAGUUUCAAUCCUCCUAAUGUUGAGGUGAGUGCGAGUAAAAAUGCUAACGUACGAUCAAAAAAUUAUAUUCGACAAUAUCACGAAAGCUAUUUAUCAUUUGGUUUCACGUCGAGUGGUGGAGAAAUGCCUAUACCUAGUAUACCUCAAUGCCUCAUGUGUAGUGAAAAAUUAUCUAAUGAAAGUAUGGUACCAAGUAAGUGCCAAGUGUGCCGCGAGGGAAAAAGGUUGGGAAACGCUGGUCUAAUUAGUCUUAUUGUUAGUACUUUGGCGGGUACCCGCCAAAAUACUAUGACACCGGCCAUCAUCACUUUAUCAGUUGAUCUUAUCAAUGAUAAAUACAUUAACCGUGGUUAUAAAACCAAAGAAUAA